GCUCCGUUGGCUGCUUCACAUGCCACUCAACAGAGUGGCCUUGUUGGCGCGGCCGCGGUGUUUGUGGAGCAGCUGGAGGAGGCGGGAGGCGGCAGUAGCCUCCGCUCUCCGGGCCCCGCCGGCCUUAAAGGGACAGGCGCUCUCCGCGGGCGCCCUUUUACGACAUGGCGGUGGCGGGGGACCCGGAGAACACGGGUGCUGCUUUCCGUACAAGUCACAGGUCCUCAUCCUUCACAGAUGGGCUUUCAGCAGCAUCGUUUACGGAGUACCCUAGGCACAAACCUUUCAUUAACUCUGACUUGCGACGACCUCCUGCCAAGCCAGUAAUUGCAUAUCCAGAGAGUAACAGCAGAGCAAUAUUCUCAGCUCUGAAGAACCUGCAAGAGAAAAUACGGCGGCUGGAGCUGGAACGGAUUCAAGCAGAGGAGAGUGUGAAAUCUCUGGCCAAGGAAACCUCAGACUAUAAGAAAGUGCUGGGCGAACAGCUGAUGGAAAAAGAAGCGACAAAGUCUGAGGUGUCCAGGAAAAAUGAAGAGUUGGCAGCUCAGCUGGCAGGUGCAGAGACUCGCUGCAGACUUCUGGAAAAGCAGCUGGAAUACAUGAAACAAAUGAUUGCACAGGCGGAACUUGAAAAGACCACUGUCUUGCAGAAGCAGGCCACAUUAGAAAGAGAGAGAAUCCUUGAUCAAUCGCAUGUGACAUCUAAAUUGGAAAGGUUGGAUCUGCUUGAGAAAGAAUAUGAAAGGCUUACAUCAAUGCAGUCUCAUGCAGAGAAAAAAAUGAAAGAGCUGGAAGAGAAGCUCCUGGAGGAAGAACAAGCGCGGAAACGGGUGCAGGAAAAAGCGGCAGAGCUUCAGACUGGUUUGGAGAAGAACAGACAGUUGCUGGAAAAACAAACACAGCCUCCUGUGCUGAUGGUAGAGCCUUUGAAGCCAAAGAAGAUCAAGAAGAAAGCAAAGCAGAUGGAAAAGAAUGACCCUGGAAUGGUUCACUGCCACGCACAGCCUCACUAUAGGCUGCGGCUGGGGGAUGUGCCUUUUGUCGCUGGAAAGUCCACAAGCCCCAGCCACUCCGUGGGAGCCAACGUUCAGCAUGUGCUGCACCUGAUGAAGCAUCAUUCGAAAGCCCUUUGCAAUGAGCGCGUGGUCAGCAGUGUCCCCUUGAGCAAGACGAUGGGCAGAGGAAGGAGGAAUUCCAGCUCUUCCAUUUCUUCCACGUCCCAGGGAGACCUCUCCGAGGUGCUGUUGACGUUGCAAGACGAACUCGGGCAGAUGAGCUUUGAUCACCAGCAGCUAGUAAAACUCAUCCAUGAGGCUCCAACGAUUGCCGUAAGGGAAGACCUGGAGAGGGAGCUGGAAGUGUUGGUGAAGAAGAUGGAAGCCAAGGCAGAACAGAUCUGUAAAAUCCAGAGGCAUCGGGCGCGGCUGGCGAAGCAGAAGAGGGAAGGCAGGCUCUCUUGUCCUCAGCAGCCAAGUAGAGGCUGUGAAGCGAAAACGAAGGUCAACCGGGUGAAAGACGCCGGCCUGAAGAGGAGACCCGGAGAGCAGGGCAAGAAGAGCCUGCAGUUGCUGAGGGAAAUGCAAAGCAUACAGACCUCCCUUCAGAAAGAUGACAACAGUUGGGACUACUGAG